AUGAUAUAAGAAUAAUAAUAAGGGAUAACAGAGGAAGAAAAAGAACUUAUUUUGAUUGAAGAAUUAUCAUAAAAAUUGGAAGGUCUUUAUAAGGAUAUGGAGUAAAUAAGAAGAGAGAAUUUGUUAUUUGAAUCAUAUAUAAUGAGAAAUUCUAAAGAUUUAUAACGAGAAGAGGAAGCAGAAGAUAAGAAACAAAAAACAAAGAAAAAGGAUAAGCCUAUUGAUAAAAAGGUAGAAUUUAGUAUUAAUAUAAAGACUAUGUAAUUGACUAAUGAAGAAAAGUAUGAGAUUGCUUAAUUUGAGAGUGAUACUUUGAAAAAGAAUAUUGAGGAAGGAAGAAUAAGAUCAGAUUAAAUAUUAGAAACUUUGAGAGUAAGAGAAAAAAUAAUGUAAAUAGGCAAUUUUAGAGGAAACUGAUAAGGCAAUUACAGAGAUUAGAAAAGAUGCUUUUGAUUUUCAGAGAGAAAUUUUAUUUGCUGGAGAGAAUACAAGAACUGGGAAGAUUGAAGCAGAAAGAAUAGAAAAAUAUUUUAAGGAAAAAUUAGCUUAAAAGGUAAUUAAUAAUAUUGAGUAAAUUUAAGGAUGCAUAAAUAGAGAAAUAUAAAUAAAAGAAAGCUAAUAUUGAAUAAUAAAUUACAAAAACAAGUAAUUAGAUUUAAAAGAAAGAGGAGAUGGGAGAUGAUUUAAAAUUUAUAGAUUUUCAUUAAUUAUAAAUAGAAAAUAAGAAAUAUGUUAAAUAAAUAGAUGAAAAGAAUAAAAAAUUAUUAGGUUUAAAGAUAGCAACAGGAAAGAUAUCUUCUAUUUUAAUUGAAGAAAGAAAUCAAUUAUAAAAUGAAAUAGAUUAAUGCAAUAAAUUGAUAUAAGAAAUUGAUGAUAAAAACAAAAAGAUAGCAAAAACUUAAGAAUAAAUUAAAAAGGUUAAAAGAUAAAUUGCAUCUUUGACAGAAAAGAAGAAAAAAUUUGCAAUUUAAUUGGAGCAAGUUAAUAAUGCAACAAAUGAAGAUAUACCAAAAGUAUCAUUUAAUUGAUAUGAAAAAAGGCUAUGACUUAUGUAUUGUAAAAGAGAAAAGAGGAAGAAUUAGUAUACAAAAUAAGAAACACUAAUAGAAAAAUUGAGAUUGCUGAGUUGGCUUACUAAAAGGCUUGUAAAGCAUUAGGAAUAAAUCCAGAAAAACUAUGAAA